UAAAAUCUGACUCUAUAAAUACAGUAAGCAUACAUACGAGAGAAUUCAUUCUCCAACAGAUAUAUGUGUCGCACCCAUUUCCUUUAAAUCACGUACAGAGAGAGGUUCUUUAGCAUGAGUGCGUCAGGAAACAGCGUCCUCGAUGACUCCGAGUCCGGCCAAAAAACAUCCUCCGUGCUAAAGCUAUUUGGUUUUCCAGUGGCGGGCACUGUCGAUCAUGUGCCCGUAACAGUGCCAUGUGAUGCAGAUAGAAAGAGAUUGUUUGAGUGUCAAUACUGUCACCGAGGGUUCUCGAAUUCUCAGGCACUUGGGGGCCAUCAAAAUGCUCACAAGAGAGAAAGGCAAUGGUUCAAGCAGGCCGAGUUCCUAAACGAUCAUCAUCGACGGUCAGUAGUAGCUCUUCCAGUUAUUGUGCUUGGGCAUGCGGGGGGAUCAGAGCCGUUGUUUCGCUCCAGUACUACUGGGUCCCCGAGCAGGACAGUACUUGAGCAGCCACUUCAGUCACCUACGGCGGGUUCGGCUGAUCUGCCCUCUAGAAAAGCACAGUUGAUUGAGGAAGUAAGUGGAAGAGACGAUGUCGAUCUCCGCUUGAGGCUGGCACCGGCCUCAAAGUGA